AUGAACUUGUAUGGAUUUGGUUAUGACCGAUCUGAAGAUAAUUAUGUUGUCCUUCAAAUUUAUCUUAGUAAACGUGAUACAUCCCAUCGUGCUUUGCUGUAUUUUGUCAAUCAUGAUUCAUGGAGGGAUUUCGAAGAUGACUCCCUUUCCACCAUUACACACCCUUCUGUUUCUGUUCAUCAAGGAUCUAUGGGACUGUAUUUUGCAGAUUCUCUUCACUGGAUUACUUUCAACUAUGAAACAAAUGCUGAUGUUAUUUUGCCUUAUAAUAUAUUUGAGUCAAAAUUUUAUCAACUAAGUAUUCCGGAUGAAGUUGAAUUACAGGACUAUAGUGUCUGUUGUUUGAGAAAUAUAAGAGACAGUUUGGCUAUAUGUACAGUCAUGCAUGAUGCAAACUGGGACUACAUGGUGGACAUAUGGGAAAUGAAGGAAUAUGGUGUCACAACAUCUUGGUCUAAGUUGACAUGUAUGCAGGUCAGUAAUCACAUUUCAGGAUAUAUGUUACCCGCCUGUUCUUCAGAGAAUUCCCUUGUAUUUGUCAACAAUGAAAGCGGACUUUUCGCCACAUGGAAUGCAAUGGACGAGACAUUAGAAUAUACGACUUUUGACCAUGUACUCCCAUUUGAACACCAAAUGAUAGUUUGUGAAGAGACACGGCCUCCUCCCCUUCUCCUCCUCCUUCCACCACCGUGA